AUGACAAGAGACUACUACAACAUAGUAGACAUUACUCCAAACAUGAAGAAAAGUUGGACCGUCGAAAUUCAAGUUAUAGAAUGUGGUCAUAGACAACUUAGUACCGCAAAAAAAGAAUUUAGGAGGCUCAUGUUUGCAGACACACAGGGGACAAGAGUGGCGGCCUUAGUCUAUAGUAAUGACCUUGACUUUUUUGAAAAUACAUUCACACCAUACCAUCGCUAUCAGAUUUCCAAUGCAAUUUUGAGACUCACGGAACCACGUUUUCAACUUGAUUCAUAUGAAUUUUCUUGGACACUAAGCAGACAAACACUCAUUGAACCCAUCGAAGAACAAACCCCACCACCCCUCACAUGCCAAUUUCACUUUACCCCAUUUAGUGAACUAUACAAGUAUGCAGAUGAAGAAAAUUAUCUAAAUGUAAGAGGUGUUGUAAUUAAAUGCUUGCCAAUUCAGCAUGUCAAAAAGGGAUCAGAAACAACUUCAAAAAGGGACGUAAUCAUUGUCAAUGAGGAGAAAAAACUUCUAAUUCUAACAUUAUGGAAUCCCAUCGAUGAAAUUGAGGGAAAUGCCUUGGAUAAAAUUACCAAUACUGGGCCUUUGGUAUUUGCAAUGAGGGUAAAAAUGACAACAUUCUAUGGACAAUCAAUCACUACAAGCCCCAGAUCUGCUAUUCUAAUAAAUCCACCAGUGAAAGAUGAUCUAAAGCUACAAACUGAAAUUAAAGUACUCCUUCGGAAUGAAACAUACAAGGACACUGAGAUUCUGUUGCCACCUCCUGAAAACAAAGACAUACUUCCAAUAGGCAGGGCAAUUAUAAAGAUGAAAAAUGGUACCCCAACUUGGAUAAAAGGAACACUCAGUCUACCUCAACAAGAUAGAAGUUUCACACAAACAAUAUGUGCUAAGUGUUUAAAACCAAUUCAAGCAGACAUAAACUGGAACAUCAAAUGCCCUCUUUGUAAAGAGAAAUCAGAAGUACAAAUCAUCUCAAGGGCAAUAAUUGAAAUCAAUGAUGGAACUGGAACAAUUGCAGCAAGCAUAUCAUCACCUGAAAUUGAAAAAUUAAUUCCAUUGAACCCCAGUGAAAUCAAAGAUGUAGCAAAAAGUGAAAAAAAUGUACAUGAUGUUAUCGCAUCAUCAGUUCAAGGAUUAUCGGUUGUCACAUUUGUACGAUCAUAUCUAACAUGGAACCAACAACAACAAAUCAAUAGAUUUGUCAUUGUCAAGUUGCAUAAAGUCCAAGAACAUUACACCAAAGAGCAACAAAUACUCAUUCCAUCAACUAAAUAUGAAAACUUGUCAACAACAAAACCAACCUCACCUAAGCAAACCCAAAAGCGACCCCAACCAGAUGUAGGGAAAACAAAAGUGAUAGAAUCAUCAUCCGCAGGCACAUCGAGACCAACUAAAAGAAUGAAAUAG